GUGGGUCCAAAACACUGCUUUUUGGGAUUUUUGUUUUUUUUGUGAUUGGUCCUUGUGCAGGUAUUAAAGAGUGUGUGACCGCACAAAUCAAAAAAAUACAGGAAGGACCUGCAAUACCACAAAGGCCCCCUACACCAUUUAGUCUAUUCCAAUCAUAUGCCGGUUAUAUGUGCGGACCCGUGAAGAAUAUUUUCGAAUGUUUGAAGAACGCAGAUUCUAUUUCCGAGGAUAAAGUUAGGCGCAUAUAUUUGGAGAAGGCAGGAGAGAAGCUGCCAUCUGAAUCAACAUGGCCAACAUACGAUCAGACGAAGAUGUUUGCCUUACAAGAAUGUCCAAUGUUACCUACAGAUUUCUCAACUAACAAGUGCGUCAUGGAUAAUCUGAAGACGGACAAUUUUGUCAUGUGUUUUCAAAAUGUAUCAAUGACCUAUCCUACACAUAACAACAAAGUCAGCUGCGACGCAUACAAGGCCGGGCACAAUUGCGUGUCUAUGUAUGUUGGAACAAAGUGCGGGAGCCAGUACACGAGGGGGUUUGAGAAGAUUACUCCUUUAUUCAUGGCAGGGAUACCAGCAACUUAA